AAUUGCCGCACCAACGUGCUUUCACAACAUUCCUGCCAGUGAGACGAGAGUCGGCAGCGUUUGUCUUUUGUCCGAUUCUUAAGUCAUCUAGCUUCAGAAAAAUGCGUGAAUGCAUCUCCAUACACGUUGGUCAGGCUGGCGUCCAGAUCGGUAAUGCAUGUUGGGAACUCUACUGCCUGGAACAUGGGAUUCACCCAGACGGCCAGAUGUCUGGUAAUGAGAUGAUUGGUGGUGGAGAUGAUUCUUUCAACACCUUCUUCAGCGAGUCUGGAGCAGGGAACCAUGUUCCCAGAGCUGUUUUUGUGGAUCUAGAGCCCUCAGUAAUUGAUGAAGUGCGCACUGGCACCUACCGCCAGUUGUUCCACCCUCAGCAGCUGAUCACUGGUAAGGAGGAUGCUGCCAACAACUAUGCCCGUGGACACUACACAAUCGGGAAAGGGAUCAUUGAUCUGGUUCUGGACAGGAUUCGCAAACUGUCUGACCAGUGUACCGGACUUCAGGGUUUCCUGGUUUUCCACAGCUUCGGUGGAGGAACCGGCUCUGGUUUCACCUCCCUACUGAUGGAGCAUCUCUCCAUGGACUAUGGUAAAAAGUCCAAGCUGCAAUUUUCAGUCUACCCAUCCCCCCGGGUGUCCACUGCUGUAGUGGAACCCUAUAAUUCCAUCCUCACCACUCACACCACCCUGGAACACUCAGACUGUGCCUUUAUGGUGGACAAUGAAGCAAUCUACGAUAUCUGCUGCAGAAACCUCGACAUCGAGCGCCCCUCUUACACAAACCUGAACAGAUUGAUCAGCCAGAUUGUGUCCUCAAUCACCGCUUCUCUUCGUUUUGAUGGAGCCCUUAAUGUGGAUCUAACAGAGUUCCAGACCAAUUUGGUGCCAUAUCCACGCAUCCACUUCCCUCUGACCACAUAUGCCCCUGUGAUCUCUGCUGAAAAGGCAUACCACGAGCAGCUCACUGUGGCUGAGAUCACAACUGCCUGCUUUGAGCCAACCAAUCAAAUGGUGAAAUGUGACCCUCGCCACGGCAAGUACAUGGCUUGCUGCCUUCUAUACCGUGGUGAUGUGGUGCCCAAAGAUGUCAACACUGCCAUUACCACUAUUAAAAACAAGCGGUCCAUCCAGUUUGUGGACUGGUGCCCAACUGGCUUUAAGGUUGGCAUCAACUACCAGCCACCCACUGUGGUUCCUGGUGGUGACUUGGCCAAGGUUCAGAGGGCUGUGUGCAUGCUGAGCAACACCACGGCUAUCGCAGAGGCUUGGGCUCGGCUAGACUACAAGUUUGACCUAAUGUAUGCCAAGCGGGCCUUUGUUCAUUGGUAUGUGGGUGAGGCGAUGGAGGAGGGGGAGUUCACUGAGGCCAGAGAGGAUAUGGCAGCCCUGGAGAAAGAUUACGAAGAGGUUGGCACAGAUGCCCAGGAAGCUACAGAGGAUGAUGUAGGAGAAGAGUACUAAAGACUUGUAUUCCUUGUAUAAAUGUGCUUAAUAAAGAAUGGUGUUGCAUUAUUGUG